UGUAAUACUAAGUAACUUCAUUUGUAUGAUUUUGGGGACCCCAUCAUUCUAAUGAACACCAGGAAUCCUCCAAGGUUAGAAGGAAAUGUAGUGUUCCUUUAGGCAAUUUCUAUGUUGUGUGGUUCAAACAUUUUUAAAGCACUAUUUAGAACAGUGAUUGCCAACCUUGCCAACCUAACGCUGGCUAACCAUCAAUGGUAGUCUCCAAACAUCUAAAGGUGUAUUCACCAAAGUGAGAACUCAAAGUGAAUUUCAAAGUUAGGGUUAAAAUACCUGUACUGUUCAAAUUCUCUAAAUUUAUUUUGGCUACUCUGCACUUGUAUUUUAAACUCCCUUUAAUUACUCACUUUGGUUACUAACGGUGAUAGCGUCAAGGCUAUAUAGUUUUAGAAUAGGUGAUGUCAAUACUCUAACAUAGAACACAUAUUUAUCAUUUUUAUGGAAUGUGGUGUGAUUUAACAUCAUAGAAGAACAAAAAGUCCAAGCUACAGGUGUAAUGAAAAUAAAAUGUAUUUCAAUAAAGUUGCAUGAUUUUGAACAGUGAUCAGUAAAGGAUGCCGGGAUAUGUAGUUUCCAGGUCUGAGGCCCUUUCCUGUCUAUCCUAGAGUGCAGCAGACUGUCUUUCCUGUACAGACCCUGCCUAGUAAAUAGGUACACGAGCAGUACGCGCGCCCACUUAUUUCACUGCACACAGUAAAUCCCCGUUCUGUUUAUACAGGUCUUGCGGCAGACUCCAGGCUGAGCCAUGCACAUUGGCUGCCUAUCUUUCCGCCAGCCAUAUGCUGGGCUGAUCCUGAACGGAGUGAAAACCAUAGAGACGCGCUGGCGCCCUCUGCUGGCUGAUUACAAGAACACCACCUUGGCCAUACACAUUGCAGUGAAAGACUGGGAAGGCCAAGAUUGGCAACAUGUUUUACAGAACAGACUUGGAAUGUCCCUUACACAGAUACAGCAAUUAAUGGACACAGGGGAACAGUUUGGCAGGGGAGUUAUUGCAGGUAAAAUGUAUUUUAUGGCAAAAAAAGGAACUUUCAGAAUUUUUGGAUGAAUAUGUUUUAUAAUGCUAAAUUCUUUUGUCCCUGGACAACAGAAACUAAUAUGACACUUUUAAAGAAAAUUCAAGUAAACUUUAUAAAAUUUAUAGCAACUGGAUGUGUUUAUUGUGUUUUAAACAGAACUGUCACUUUUUAUUUUCUUAUUUUGUUACAGAUUGAUGCUAAAAGCUAGCUAAGGGCUGUGCUUGGGGAAAAAAAAGAUACACUUGUAGAAAUUUUAUUUUAUAAUUGUUUUUGUUAAAAUUAUAACCAAUUUGUUUUUACACUUGCUAAGAAAACUAUUGUGAUUAACAAUGUAAUGUAGAGAGACUUGAGAUUGGAAAAAUAAAUCUGUGUCCGAGAAUAAAAAGCAAACACACAGAGGUUUAUUUACUAAACAACAAAUUAUAGUGAACUGAAAAUUGAAACCAAAAAUGUACUGAUAUGGGGAAAAAAGAAUUAUAAUAGAAUUAUUAGCCCAUAGUUUGCAAUUUGGUUUUAAAGUCACUUCAAUUCAGUGGUUAGUGGAUAAACAUCAUAUAUUAUCACACAAUGUAUCAUAUUCAUUACCAUACCUCCUAGCAUUCCUGGAUUUGGCAGGUCAGUCCCAAUUUCAUACCUCCCAGCAUUAGGAGGUGUGUAAUUGUAAUCGGUCAUUGGGCCUUCUAAGGGACAUCACCAGUGAUGGGAAGUGAACAGGCCUGAAGCAUGUCUGCCCCUGAAGGGGACAUGUUAAUCUGGCAUCAAGCUGGCAGCCAGCCCCGUGUACGCAGGAGAGCUCAGCUUAACUGCUUUCUGCAUGAGCCUAUUGCCCACUACACAGUGCAAGCACAUCUAAUGAUGCAAUUGCGCUGUGUCCCCAAAGAUGGGUACCUGGUGUCCCUGGAUGCGGCAUAUGAGGGAACUGAAUCGAGAUGGCAGGACAAGACACUGUAAGGAGCAUGGUCCCGCCAAAAAUAGUGAGCCUUGCAAUUUGGGACUUUGGGAAUACACAAGAGAAGUACAUCAAAUUGACCCCCACAGUGUAGUAUGCAUGGUGAAUGAGCAUGUAUGGUACCACUCAAGGAAUCCCAUCUGUGGGUGUACACAUUUUUCUACAGAUGCUUGAUCAUGUGUGAGCAACAUGAACGUGAAAAUUCCGCUGACGUACAUAUAUUCACCCAGUAAACACUUCAAUAGCAUUUUGCGAGGUGAAGAAAUAAGGAAUUAACACCCAUUAAGAAACCGCUCGACUUAACAUAAUUUCUUGCCAAUCAGGUAGAGGGAAACUGUCACUUCUGUGGAAUUUACACCACUUAAAGGAACAUUAUAGUCACUUAAAUUACUUUAGCUAAAUAAAGCAGUUUUAGUGUAUAGAUCAUUCCCCUGCGAUUUCACUGCUCAAUUCACUGUCAUUUAAGAGUUAAAUCACUUUGUUUCUGUUUAUGCAGCCCUAGCCACACCUCCCCUGGCUAUGAUUGACAGAGCCUGCAUGAAAAAAAAACUGGUUUCACUUUCAAACAGAUGUAAUUUACCUUAAAUAAUUGUAUCUCAAUCUCUAAAUUGAACUUUAAUCACAUACAGGAGGCUCUUGCAGGGUCUAGCAAGCUAUUAACAUAGCAGGGGAUAAGAAAAUCUUCAUUAAACAGAACUUGCAAUAAAGAAAGCCUAAAUAGGGCUCUCUUUACAGGAAGUGUUUAUGGAAGGCUGUGCAAGUCACAUGCAGGGAGGUGUGACUAGGGUUCAUAAACAAAGGGAUUUAACUCCUAAAUGGCAGAGGAUUGAGCAGUGAGGCUGCAGGGGUAUGUUCUAUACACCAAAACUGCUUCAUUAAGCUAAAGUUGUUCAGAUCACUAUAGUGUCCCUUUAAUAAAACAUUGAAAAUUACCUAUAAGUAUGUUACCCUAUUUCAUGAGAUGCUCUGUUUUUUUCUAAAUGUAUAUUUAAGGGACAUUCUAAGCAUAAUGCAGUGGUACUUUGGCACUGCGUCUGUCCCUGUAUUCUUUCUGUAUAUUCUGCAUAUUCAGAGAAUAGGCCGUGUUUACAUUGAUACCCAACGCCACAUGUACUGGCUAUCACUCUUUAGAGGUUUGGGUGCAAGCAGUACCCUACUGCCCUCCCAGAGUAAUUGGUCAAACCAUUAGAGAACAGUUUGAGAACUUAUCUGGGGUCCAACAGGUGCAUGUUGCUGCUGCAAGGAGUUUUCAUUUGUUCCACUGAGCUAAGACCUGCCGCGCAGGACCCUAUCAUUGGCUGAAAGUGUCAGCUCAGCACUCUUAGAUAAUGAGAGCGUCUCUGCACUACCACUUAGCGGGCUCUAGUGGUUAUGGUGCUUGGAGUGUUCCUUUAACCAUGACUUGAAAAAUCCUGACAUUUCCCCUUUAAACACUUGUGAAAUUGUUUGUUCAGUGAAUUUUACUUUGGCUCUUAUUUUUGUACAGGUCUCGUGGACAUUGGAGAAACAUGGCAAUAUGUGAAUGAGUCCCGCGAGGAAACUCUAGAACUUGAGAAUAAAGCUCUCUUGAUGAAUCUGGAACAGAAAUACCUCACCAUUGUUUCUAAUGCCAGGUGGCUGCUGAAACCUAUUCCAGCAAGGGGAGGCAAAGACGUGUGGGAAGUGCAUAUUCCUGACCAGUUAAUCCCUUGAAAGCUAGGUGGACACAUAACAUCCCCAGGUUUAAUUCGGGUCCAUCACAGGCACGUUUCACUUUGCCUGUUUUUAGAAAGUAGUAUGAUGGUGGAGACAAUGCAGCGGGGAUUUGUAAUACAAGUGGCAAGGAAAAUGUUGCAUUUCUGUACAGACUAUACAGGAGUAGCAAAAAGCUGUAAUUAGAAUCCACAACUAGGGCAUAUGAACUAUCAACAAGAGGCCGUUUGUUUAUUAUGAAUGGAAUACUUUUUACACCAUGUAUCAUGAAUUUAAUAAAUGUUAUUUUUAUUGCGUA